GAACUGUCGUCAUUUAAUCUCUCUCUAUUUUAAUGAAUUCAUCCAACCAUUACCGAUCUCUUUUGGGUGCGCGCGCCUGUCCUCCAGACGGCGGCGGCGACGAGGCGAAGGCGGCCUGGCCUCCCUGGAAUGGACGCAGGACGCCGACGUCAGAGCAACAAGCGAAGAACUCAGCUCGGCCUGGCCACGUAGCGGGGCGGCUCAGGUCGCCGGUGGGCACCUAUCGCCAACAGCCCCGCGUCGCGGUUCAUCUAGGGACAGCGGGUUCUUCUAUACUCCCUCCCGUGGUAGAAGAAGCACAUGAAACCCGGAUUGUGCGCUAUCCUGCAUGCAUGGGCUCCGGGAGGAGGUCGCGUCGCACGGAGGUAAGCCUGGCAACCAACAAGUCAGCCAGCCAGCCAACCAGCCAGCCAGGCAGCCAGCUAGCCAGCCGGACCGCCACUUAAUCCCGGCCCGUUCAUAUGUAUGACACGCCGGACGAUGCGCUCACUGCUCAUCAGAAGGUGAUGCUCUGUUCAUGGCCCCUGAUGGCAGAAACACAUGAAGUGUGUCGUUCUUUUUCUUCUUUACCUGCACUGCCCUUUACAGGAAGUGAACUUUAGCUUUGUUGGCUGCUAUUUUAAAGCUCAUGGAGGCGCGCUCAGGACCGGUUGUAUGUCUUUCUGACAGAAUUUCCCGCCCCGGACAAAAUGGACGCUUUGUUUGAAUCCGGUUGACUGUCUCAUACACCUCAUCCCCUCCUUCCUGUCGAGGGAAGGUGGGGGUUUGGUGCACCUUGCCCUGACUUGUGUCAUUUCAGCAUCAUAACUUUACAUGAAAUCCUGCCAAAGCCUCAAGGAGGUCUCCAUCCCGUGCCUCGGCGGGAUGUCGCAGGAGGAGGGACGCAGGUCGCAAGUGUCACAGUCCUACUACCACCCCCCCAACCCGGAGGUCGACCUGACAGGCAAGCUCUACAAGAGGGAGGCGGGCGGCAAGCCCUACUUGGUCCUGGUGGACAACAAAAUGACGACUAAGACGGCAGCGGCUGACACCGAUCAGCAGUAUUUCUGUGAGGGCGCGGCGGGAAGAGACAUACGCACGCAGGUGGAUGAGGCCACCUCAGAGGAGACUGAAGAUGACGACGAUGACGAAGAAGAGGAAGGCGAGGAUGAUGGAGAGGAGGAGGGUUUCAAGCGCGAGCAGAUCAUCGUGGAGGUUAACCUCAACAAUCAGACCCUCCAUGUAUCCAAGGGCGACAACAAAGGUGGCGCGACCGGAGACGAUUCCGAGAGAGGUUGCAGCGAGGAUGACCACAAUGGGGAAGAGGCUGAAGACGAGAGCCCCGACGAUGAUGAGGACGAUGAAGAGGAUGAGGAGCUUGAAAGUCGAAGGACGAGGUCAAAGCGGGCCCACAGAGUCGCGAGUGGCGCUUCCGGCCAGCCACAGAGGAAGAGUCUCCGGACAGCUCUGAGCUCGCCGGCCUCCGGGAUGACCACCAGGGGACGACGGAAGCACGCCGAGACAGCAAAGAGCCAUCGUCGCUCCGCCCGCUCAGCACCGCUGCCAUCCGCGGGCGCCUUGGUGCCGGGCGGCAAGGCCGAAGGAGAAAAGGAGAUGCUGGCGUGUGAAAAGUGCCCUCGCGUGUUCAACACACGCUGGUACCUGGAGAAGCACAUGAACGUGACGCACAGGAGGAUGCAAAUCUGCGACAAGUGCGGCAAGAAGUUUGUUCUGGAGAGCGAGCUGGCCUUGCACCAGCAGACCGACUGCGAGAAGAACAUCCAGUGUGUCUCCUGCAACAAAUCCUUUAAGAAGCUGUGGUCGCUGCACGAGCACAUAAAGAUUGUGCACGGCUAUGCAGAGAAGAAAUUCUCAUGCGAGAUCUGCGAGAAGAAGUUCUACACUAUGGCCCAUGUCCGCAAGCACAUGGUUGCUCACACCAAGGACAUGCCGUUCACCUGUGAGACCUGUGGCAAGUCAUUCAAGCGCAGCAUGUCCCUUAAGGUGCACUCGCUGCAGCAUUCUGGAGAGAAGCCCUUCCGUUGCGAGAACUGCGAUGAGCGCUUCCAGUACAAGUACCAGCUGCGCUCACACAUGAGCAUCCACAUCGGGCACAAGCAGUUCAUGUGCCAGUGGUGCGGCAAAGACUUCAACAUGAAGCAGUAUUUUGACGAGCACAUGAAAACACAUACAGGAGAGAAGCCGUUCAUUUGCGAGAUUUGCGGCAAGAGCUUCACCAGCCGGCCCAACAUGAAGCGCCACCGCCGCACGCACACGGGCGAGAAGCCGUACCCGUGCGAGGUGUGCGGCCAGCGCUUCCGCUUCUCCAACAUGCUCAAGGCCCACAAGGAGAAGUGCUUCCGGGUCACCAGCCCCAUGGUGCUGCAGACCGGCGGCCCGCCGGUGCCAGUCGGCAUCUUCGCCAGCACUUUCCCCACCUCCUCCUCCUCUUCGUCAUCUUCUGGUCCCGGCCCUUCCACGGCCUCCCCGCCGGCCGUCACCAGCGCGACCACCCAGGGGCUCAAUAUAUCCAGGGCGGCCUUGCCCUCACGGGGCCCUUUGGGACACGCCUUCGCCCACGUGCAGUUGCACACAGCCUCCUCACACCACCACCCCCAACAGCACCUCUCAAAUACACCCCAACCCGCACCGCCACACACCUCCCUCCAUGCCCACCACCACCACCACCACCUCCUGGCGGUGCCCCCGGUCUCCCACCUGCCGCCUCCCCCGGCCCUUUUUAAGAGCGAGCCUCUAAACCACUGUGGUCACGGAGACGACACUUACCUGCACCACAUGGCUCCUGCUGACAAGGGUCCCGGGGCCCCUCAACAUCACUGAAUUACGAACCACAACCUGCGGGCACUGGCUCAGUCUCUUGUACAACUGCCACUUUAUUUUGUUUUCUCCAGCUAAACCCAGUCCUUCAUUUACACCAACCAUUUGGCACCAAGUUAAGCUAUGUUUUCACCAAGCAAUACAGUUCACUUCAGGUCUUUAUGCAUUUUGUUAUCCUUAUUACAAAAGGUCCUCAAAUAUCCUGUACUCCCACUUUGUUGAACCCUUUCAUUAGGGCACAAUUAAUAGUGGUACGGUACAGUUCACCUAUGUCAAUUGAACAUACUGCUGUUCGCUGAUUGGGCAGUUUGUAAUAUAGAAUGUAAGUGGUUGUGUUUUAAGAGAAAGUGGUAGGGCGUGUAACAGUAUGCCAAAAAUCACAGUUUACCUUGGGUUUUAGGUAACUUGUUUGUUUCACAUUGGGUACAGUAAGGGAACAAAAUGCAAUAUAUUAAAGUGCUUUUCAUUUGUGUAAAACUUAACACAAUUAUUGACAUUUAAAAUGAAACAAACCGCUAGAGCAGUAAAUUCUCCAAUAAAUGAAAGAUUAUCAAACUAAAUAAAAUUUUUUUUUAAAAAACUUGAAACUUUUUUUUUUUUUUUAAGGAAAGUGCAACAUCAAUAGUUUGCCCUAUUUUUAGGAAAUGAAUGAUGCAAACAAGCCUUUUAAAGAAACAUUUUAAAUGUUUCUUUUUAUGAAAGUGCAACAUCAGUGGUGGUGACCUUAUUUAUAAAUUUUUUUUUAGAACAUUACCGAUGUAGACAACAGUAACACUACAGUCUGGUCUUUGUUAUUGCUUUCCAUGGCCAGAGGCUUAGCGCCACUGUAUUUGUUUACAAAUUAGAUCGAGAGCACGAAGCAGUUACACUUCCCAUCCCUUGCCUACUGUUCCGUUUGGGAACUUGGUAAGCCUCUGUACCAUACUGAAAGAUCCGUCCCAUAAAAAUAAUAAAUACAUCUACCCUUACACCCCUAGAAAAUGUCAUUUUGAGGUGAAAAAACAGGUCUAAAAAGGGGACUUUUUAGCCAUCCAUUUUCUGAGCCGCUUAUCCUCACAAGGAUCGCGGGAGUGUUGGAGCCUAUCCCAGCUAUCAUCGGGCAGGAGACAGAGUACACCCUGAACUGGUUGCCAGCCAAUCGCAGGGCACAUAUAAACAAACAACCAUCCGCACUCACAUUCACACCGACGGGCAAUUUAGAGUCGUCAAUUAACCUAACAUGCAUGUCUUUGGGAUGUUGGAGGAAAUCGGAGUGCCCGGAGAAAACCCACGCAGGCACGGGGAGAACAUGCAAACUCCACACAGGCGGGGGUAGGGAUUGAACCCAGGACCUCAGAAAUGUGAGGCAGACACUCUAACCAGUUGUUCACCAUGCCGUCAGGGCUUUUUUUUUAAUUUUUAUUUUUAUUUUUUAUUUUUUUUUAUUAAUUAAAUUGGUCGUGUUGACGUUCCUGUGUGCCAGUACGUCACAACAACCAAUUGUGGUGAACCCAAUUAAAGUGGACUGUUUGGUGGAAAUGUGGCUUAAUGAUAGCGCCAUCCCAUGUUGUUCUAAGAAUUUCUAAUGAAUCCGUUUUCAAAAUCUUUGACCUUCUGAGCAGGCCGUCACAAGGCCGUUAAUGUAAGGGUGCGCCUCUGGGACACAUUUCACGCAUUUGAAAGACAGAUACAGACCUAAUUUUAGACAAGAUAAACAAGCUUUAACAAGUGGUAAGUGUUCUCAAGUGGAUUGUGGGUGGACUUUUUUUGUUUGUUUUUUUUUUCUCCUGGAUGUCCAAAAUAUUCUGUGAAUGUUGUCGCUGGUGCUACCAGUCAUGCAAGAACGCAGUGCCAUGGAUUCUAACCUGAGAGAAAGGGGAGGACUUUUAUUUUUAUUUUUUAUUUUUUUUAGACGUAAAAUUGAGCUGUUGGAUCUUAUGUAAUGAGAUUCAUUGUGGUUUAACGGUGCUUUCCAUUCCAGUAGACGCAAUUCCUUAACUUUAGCUUCGCCGUUCAAAUUUCAACAAUAAUACCCCAACCCAGGCCACGCCGCUAAUGUGGACCGGUCAAGGAAAUUAUCAUUAAGAAGAAACUCAGGUUUUACAGGACGUGAAAAGAUCAGUGCAACCUCCUCUCUCGUUCCAUACUGCCACUGUGAGGGCCCUCACACAUGGGGCGCCCCCGAUCAGGAACCAAACCUCCCCCCCUAUUCUCUACUUCUGCCACGCUGCUGUCAAUAAUACGGGUUGCCAUGUUAAAGCUCAUUUAACAGGCUCACUCAACACACACCUGAGUUCCUUGGUUUACUUUGGCGUUGUUAGGGUUUCGGAAGAUCGUUUUCGACUUCGGUUCUGCACGGGCUCAUCUUUAGCCCGUUGAAUGUUGCCUACGCAGAAGGACGGCCCACGUUUUUGCUUCUCGUUGUUGGCCAACGUGGACAACGUGGCAGGCAGGUGUUGCAGCUACCCGUUACCCGUAUGCAAUCAAGUCGGUUGCGAGCGCAAACGAUUAUUACAUUGGUAACAAAAUGUAUCAGCCGAUGGUGUGAAUGUCGUUUCCUUUAAAAGACAGAGCUGUGACUGUUAUCAGAGAUGCAGUACGGCGCAAAAGUCUUAGGCCACCAUUAGAUUUGUUGUUUUACCAAAUACAAUAUUAAUGUUGCUUGACAGCAACAGUCUUUACACAGCCUAGAUUUUGUCACCUUUUUUCCAGGUUGCAGGUGUGUUUCUCCCAACCUUUUAUGAGCCAAGCCACAUAUUUUACAUUGGGAAAAUCUUACGACACACCACCAGACAAAAAAUGUCACAAAAAGUAUAUACAGUGGUACCUUGAGAUAUGAGUUUAAUUCAUUCCUUGACCAUGCUCAAAGCUCAAGAGCACUGCCAUUUAGAUGCUAGUAGUUACCCAGUGUUUUUAUGGCCUUUCCCAUUGUAUGUUAGCAUUCAAGCAGCGAAGGCUAUGUGGUUGCUUCAAUUACACAUGGGAAUUGUACUUUUUUUUAUGUUUAGUUUGACAGUAACCUUCAGCUGACAAUGGCAAUAAACAGCUUGAAGCUUAUUUUUUUAAGAAUAUUUACGAACUAUAUAUGCCAAAGGCUUGUUGUGAAGUGAGUCAAGUUACCUGCCACUAUACAGCGCUCGUAUCCCAAGUUUGCGCUCUCACGUCAAAGAAAAAAAAAAUCUGAUCACUUAUAUCUCAAGGCACCAUUGUAUACUGAAAUAAUGAUAGUCAUGUCUCAAUUUACUCACAAGUUUACUCAGUGUGAAAUCUGGGCCUGAUAGAUCGAUGGAUAAAAAUGUGUUAUUUGUAGCAAAUAAAUGUGCUGGUAUAUUAAGUUAAAUUGGAUAACUUCCCACAAAUGUGCCGUUGUAUGGUGUGUUGGAAAUCUCUGCACAACAUGCUAGCACUGAUGUCAUCACACCUCCAGUUGGCUGACUGCAGGGUGCCGUUUUGCUGAUCUGACAGGAUUUCAGGUUGAAAGAUCGUUUUUUGGUUUAGCACAGACCUCCCGCAGGGCUGACAAAAUUGUUUCCUAAUUAUCAAGCUACUUUCUGGUUCGCAGAGGAUGACAAAGUCAUGGGUAAUGAAUGGCAUUAUGAUACAUGUGGAGGGUUGGAUGGUUCCAUAAAUGUGUGUGUGGGGGGAGGGGGGGGGGGGAAUCCUUCAUCCUAAUCCACCAAAAAUAUAAUGGCUCUACUAAUAUUUGUGGAAAUUGGUUAGGCUUUUUUGGUGCUAAAUGUAUUUAAGUGUUUUGCCAUUUCAAAAUAGUGGACCAAAGACUUUUGCGCAGUACUGUUUAUUUUUGAAUUAAAUUUUUUUUUAACCAAUCUUUUAUUUGGGCAGACAGUAGCAUUUAAUUGACUGUCUUUCUACAAUAUUUAACCUAGAGUGGUAAAACUGAGUAGUUUUAGGUGUCCCCUAUCUGAUUGAUUGGACCUGCAGUUUGUGUUUGUGUGGCUCUUAGUUCCACUUCCUCAUCAACUCAUCAUCCAGUUGCAAUACGGCUCUUUGUCUUGUCUGAUGCCUUUUUUUUUUCUUUUUUUUUUCGUGUAUUCUCUGCACUUUAGCGCUGCGUGGGCGAGGCGUAGGGAAGCAGCGAUUGUAUUGUGAAAUAGACCGCAGUCCAGGCUGUCCAUGGUAUGGUUGACGUCGAGUGUUUAUAUAUAUAAUAUAUAUAAACUUCCUUUUAGGUAAGGAAAAGAGGAGAACGGCAGGUGAUGUGGAAGGGACCAUAGCAAAAAAAAACAAUGGUUGUUUCUACUCAAAAUUGUGUUUCCCAAACAAAAAAAAAAGGAAAGCAUCUUUCUGCUUUGCCCACCGCACACUUGGCCAUCCAAGGUCUGUCCGCUGUACACUCUUUGAUUUUCAUGUUUUUGCUAAGAUGGCCGAAUGAUGAUGAUGCUCCUCCUUUCUUUGCUGCAUAGAAUGCACUUUCUACUACUAAAACUCUUGGCUAGUUGCAAAAAUAACAUUGUAUAUUCUAAGAUUCUAAGAUGUUUUAAAAAAGAAAAUCAUUGUACUUUUUUUUCUCCCCAUCACCCUUCUUUCUAUUUCUAACCACUUAAUGUAGCAUUAUUGUGUAUUUUAUUAUUACUAUUAUUAUUAUUAUUGUAUCUGGUACAAAAUGUGCAGCUCUAUAAUGUCCUGGUUUGUUUUUAUUUUUGUAUGUUCUCGUGAGAUUUGAGAAGAUUGGAAAGAAAAGUUGGGCCUUUUUGUUUUUUUUGAUAAUGUACAUUUACCUGACUGCUAACUUUAAGUAAAAACAAGUAGCCACGAGUGUGACGCCUGCUCUAUCCGGUUGCCUGGCAACCUUCUGCUAACAAAACAAACAACCGAGCACGAGACCAUGUGGAAGUAGGCCAGAUGUCGAUGUUAUCUCAAAGUCUGUCACAUUUUUAUGGUCAAUAGGUUCGUUUGUUGGCUGCACGUGAAGCCUCAAGGUUUUAGUGGAUAUUUGUUUGUUCUUUUUUUUUUUUGUAGAUAACCAAUAUGAAGUAGCUUGUAUCAUGUUCAGGAGCAUUGACCUUGAGCGGCUGAUGAAACAUUAUAGCAUUCGUUACAAAGAGCGUUGUUGUUGCUAAUAAAUGAGACUUGACGGGAUAUUUUACUGUCAGAUGUAAUCCAAUACUCAAGCAACACAAAAAUGAAAGCUGCGAGCAGCGAUGAACUAGCCCGUCGCACUCCCUUUUUCAGGGCAAACCCUCGAAAAUGAUGAAAAGUUUUGUGAUUAUCGUGUCACCUUAUCUUUCAAGGAUAUCGCUUUUUCAAUUGGUUUCACACAAAAUAUCUCCUUCAUACCAAAAUGGCAGACCUCCUAUUAAAUUUCGGGCAUGGGUCCUUGAGACUUUUUUGUGCACCCUGCUAUGAUGGAUAUGUCCACCAAAUUUUGCGUCAGUCAGCGUGUGCAUGUGUCGUGUGCGUGUGUGUGAUUUGUGUUCGCAUACACGUGUGUGUUAGUGUGUGUGUUGUGUAUGUUUGUUGUAUUGUCUGUUGUGUUUAGUUAGUGUAUGUGGUCUUUUGUUUAGUGUGUGUGCACAUGUGUUUGUGCAUGUCGUUUGUACUGGUGUGGUGUGGUUUUUAUUUUGUGUUGUGUGUGUGCUGGCGUACGUGUGAUGGUUUGUGUUUUGAUAUUUGUGUAAUGAUAUGUUAGUGUGUGCGUAUGGUGUGUUUGUUGUGUUUUAUACUGUGUUUUGUUUUUAGUGUUGUGUGCGUACGUGCGUGAGACAGCAGGUCCUCUGUGGGAGUUCGUUACAGCGGUGGAUGAGUCCAAGUGAGCCGGAUGGAUCUGGAGAGCCGUGAUUCACCGCCGACAAGUAGGCGGUCGGCUAGCGAGGGGGACCGAACCUUAAAACGACAGACGAGUGCCGACCCAUACCUAUGACACAAGUGGACAUCUUGAUGGGACGCCCGGUCUG